UCCGGUAAGUUUUGAACGUUAGAAUCGGUUACAAAUCAGCAUGCCGUCCCGGGUGGAGGACUACGAGGUGCUGCACACUAUAGGCUCCGGCUCAUAUGGAAGAUGCCAGAAAAUAAAGCGAAAAGCUGACGGAAAGAUCCUGGUGUGGAAGGAGCUGGAUUAUGGCACCAUGGCGGAGAGUGAGAAGCAGAUGCUGGUGUCAGAGGUGAACCUGCUGAGGGAGCUCAAGCACCCAAACAUAGUGAGGUACUACGACCGCAUCAUAGACCGGACAAACACCACUCUGUACAUUGUCAUGGAGUACUGCGAAGGCGGCGACCUGUCCAGUCUCAUCAGCCGCUGCAUCAAGGAGAGGCGCUAUUUGGAGGAGCAGUUCAUCCUGCGAGUCAUGGCCCAGCUCACGUUGGCCCUGAAGGAGUGUCACAGGCGGAGUGACAGCAGGGCCACAGUCCUUCAUCGGGACCUGAAACCAGCCAAUAUCUUCCUCGACAUCAAGCAGAACGUCAAACUGGGCGACUUUGGCCUGGCGAGGAUCCUGAACCAUGACACCAGCUUUGCAAAGACAUUUGUCGGGACGCCGUACUACAUGUCUCCAGAACAAAUAAACCGGAUGUCAUACAAUGAGAAGUCCGAUAUUUGGUCUCUGGGAUGUCUGCUCUACGAACUCUGUGCCUUAUCGCCUCCUUUUACUGCUUACAACCAAAAAGAGCUGGCAGAAAAGAUCAGAGAGGGCAAGUUCAGAAGGAUCCCGUACCGGUACUCUGAGGAGCUGAACACUCUGCUCGGCAAAAUGCUCAACUUAAAGGACUAUUUGAGACCUUCUGUAGAAUCUAUUCUCCAGAGCAGCCUGCUGAGCGAGGCGGUUGCUGAGGAGCAGAGGAAGGCACAGUCGCGACUCCAAAGGAGAUCAGCUGAUUCUGACGUUCCUCUCCACAAACCGGCUGAGACGGCGCCCGCCUCGGCCACGGAGAUCAGACUGAAGGAGCAGGCGCUGCGGGACCGAGAACAAGCACUCAAAGAACGUGAGGAGCGGCUGGAGAGAAGAGAGCAGGAGCUGUGUGUUCGUGAACGACUUGCAAAUGAGAAGCUCGUGCGAGCGGAGAGUUUGCUGAAGAAUUACAGCCGCCUACAGCACCACAGGGACCUGACACCGAUCUAUGACAAAGACAUAGAUGCGGAGAACCUCUCUCCGGGUAAGAAGAAGGUCCACUUUGCCGGCGAGAGCAAAGAGAACCAGCGGCCCGAUGCUCUGCAGAGCGUGCCGUCCCAGGAGCUGGUGCUGCUGAGGAGGCUGCAGGCAGCGGCCCAGCGGAGCCAAGCUCUGAGUGAAAUGGAGAAGAUGUGCCAGCUCAAGAGCAGGCAAAUCCUCGGCCUGCGCUGAUCGCACAGAUGUGACCGUGAGAGCUUCUGAAGGCCUGGAGUCAUAACAACUGGAUGAAAAUGUUCAUGUGUAGUUGUGGAAGUGCAGUGAAUGUAUGUGUUACUGUCUUAUUUUUAUGUAGCCUGAUGAGUGAGUGUGUUAUCACGGGCAGCUAAUGUGAUUAUCAAUGUACUGUGUAUAGUUUUUUUGCUGUAUUUAUGGCUGUAG